AACGAUGAAGUCGACUAUUACAACGUAAACAUCCAACGUGUAAACAGCGAAUAAGUUCGCGUUCCAUUCAUUUCCCGAUGGUUGUGCGAGACGAAGAUAUAGUCAUUAUUAAUCAGUGAGACACGCGCGAUGCUUCACCUCGAACCCACUGAAUCUAGCUCUGUAGUGAUAAAUAUUCAUCUGCUCGAAUCUCAACGGAGGAGAUUCUCUUCGCCAAAGUGUAGCGGGAGAACCAGUUUCCAGCAUAUCCUUCCGUUAACACCGCGUACCGGUUCAACCUGCCGGCUCCGGUGAAGAAGAUCAAUUGCGCGAUUGGCGAAUAUGCAAAUAACUCCCACGGAAUGCUGUAUUUUUUUGUGUUUCGCUUAUUCUCGUUUGGACCAAAGCAAAACUGGAGGUAAUUCGUUGGUAGGCUGCCAGUGUUUAUUGCCGUGACGCGAAAGAAUACCAUCGAAAGUGGUUCAGUAAGAGCGCACAAUCGGGAAUGGGAGCUUAGUGUCGGUUUCUAGUUCAAUAGUUCAGGAAAUCAAAGCAGUGAAUGCGGUUGAAGAUUUUUAGUGCGCGUCUACAAAAUCAGAAAGUGACACGAUUAUGAAAAACAUAUUGGUUGCAUGUUCGAUGUUCAUCGGGAUUUGGAUGGUUUGCUCUCGCCCAGCAGAUGAAAAUUAUAAAGGGAUCGAAAUCGAAUCAAUCUUGGAUGAGAAAGAAGGCAAUGGUACCAUUUAUGCGCAUUUGCUCUCCGAUGGAACUAUGGUUCGUCGAAAAACAUACACCAAACUUGUGAAUGGAGUUGAAAUCAUCGUUCAAGAAGGCAUAUAUUCGUUCAUAGGCGAAAACAAUCUCGUGCACAAAGUAUUCUAUGUUGCAGACGAGAAGGGCUACCGUGCUAGAAGUACAAUAUCCAAUUCGACAGGUUUCAUCGAGGAUUCAAUCGAUCAAAAGCCGAUUAUACGAACAACUUUUUAACUGACCCAUCAUCAAGGAUGCGUAAAACCCCUGUGAAAACAAACACUCCGAAAGAUCAAAACUGGUCCAUCUUCCCUGUUUAUGGCAUAAAACGACUCCUCUCGUUGACACUGGCUUUUGUACAAAUGACCGCAACUCUCAAAGCCACCCAAGUUCAACAACAAAGCUGACCACUCUCCUUUCCAAGAUGAUGCUGCAUUUAUAAUUAGCUGCUCAUCAUGUUACUCACCGUAAUGACAAAAGGUUAAUUGACUUCUCACAUCGUACGUGGUGAAUUGUUAAAUGCAACAAAGCACCGACACCAGCACGGAUGCUGUCCCCUAUGAAUUCAUGCUCAUCUCAGGUUCAUACGGUGAUUAAGAUCAAAUCUGUAACAAGAGAUAAAAAAAUACAGCAUAGGCGAGUGGAAGCAUCUGAUCAACCGCUGUGGCGAUGUUCGUUGAGGGACAAAACAGGCUUUUAUUUUCCAUAUAAGUUUGUUUUUGUACUCUAAUUCCUUCCACAAUGCAGGUAAUCGGAAAGGGAGGACCUGUUUUCGCUGCUCGAUGGUCGUAAAUGGACAUCAAGAGGCAGGUAAUGUGAGCACAAUAAGCAAACCACGAAGGGAAUGUCCCUUCGAAAACGGAAAUUAUGCUGAAGCGUAAAAACCCGUUUUCUCUUUACCUCGUGUUUUCAUUUGGACUGAACUUAGCUGUACGAGGUACGCAAUUUGCGAUAUGUUCUGUUCAUAGGUCUAGUAUAGGUUGUUGAAAUUCUUGGUUUGAAGAUCCAAUAGUAUGAUUGAUGGUAAAGACAUUGUUACAUGAUAAUUUGCUAUAAUAGCAAAAAUACAUUGAUCUCUCCUUAGUAUUAUUCUGAUAUUCUGCUUCUCUCGUGUAAGUAAGCGAUAAUGGAUAGUGUGUUUCAAUUUAACAUAUCAAUGUUUUAAAUGUCACCAGCGUAUAACUUCAA